CACAACCCUGUCUCGUCAGUUCAUCCUUGAACAACACUCCGAGAAACAAUGGCUCCUAAAUCCAAAAUUCGCCUUGUAGACCAGCCUCCCUCUGCGUCUUCUACCGAUGAAGACGAGGAGCAAUCUGAGCGAGAAGAACUAUCUGACCUAGAAGUUAACAAGUCUGAAGCGGAGUACGAAUCAGAAUCCGAAGAAGAGGAAGAAAGGGCGCCUUCAACUCCAAUUUUGAAUCAAGACCACUCCGUUUCUGAGUGCGACGAAUCCCACGCAACUCUACCCUCACCGUCCGCCUCCGACUUCACCAUUAAGCCCAUUCUCUCUUCCAAGCUUCCUCCGGUUUCUCCCCCGAAGCCUCCCGCUCCAUCAAAAUCAUCGGCAAAGCGAGCCGCGGAGGCCAUCGAGAAAGAUUCGAAGAAGAAAAGGAGCAAAACUGGAGAAGGAGACGCCAAUGCGGAGGAGAAGAAGUCUGCGACUUCUGCCGGGUCGAACCGGCUGUGGAGUGAUGAGGAUCAGCUUGCUAUUCUACAAGGUAUGGUUGACUACCAGGCUCAAAAAGGAGCUUAUCCUGAUAUGUCCGAGCUUCAUGAUUUUAUUAAGGAUAAAUUGCACAUUGAGGUUUCUAAGAUUCAGAUGAGCGAAAAACUUAGGAGGCUUAAGAAAAAGUUCUUUACUCUUUCUGAGAAAGGAGAUGAACUUGAUUUUACUAAGCCUCAUGAUUCUAUGUCGUUUGAACUUUCAAAACAGAUUUGGGGUACUGCUUCGGGUAGUGUUAAUGGUAAAAAUCUGAAUGCAAUCAGUAAUAAUGUUGAACUGAAUGUGAAAACUGCCAAUGGGAAGGUAAAAAAGCCUGCUGAAGUUAGGAAAAUUAGUGAAAAGCCUGUUGAAGCUAAGAAAAUUAGUGAAAAGACUGUUGAAGCUAAGAAAAUUAGUGAAAAGCCUGUUGAAGUAAAGAAAAUUAGUGAAAAGCCUGUUGAAGUUAAGAAAAUUAGUGAGUCAAGAAACAGUGUUAAAGUGGAUAACUACAUGAAUAUACCUAAUGAAGAAGAAAGUGAAAAGAAGAGGAAGAAGACUGCAGCUAAGGCUGAAGAUAUUGAAAAGAAGAAGAAGAAGAAGCAGAGGAUUGCAUUUGAGGAAAAAGAGGAAAGAGUUGAACAGAAUGCUCUUGAGGAGAAAGAUGAUCCAACUGUGGUUGAAGAAACAGAUAAACAGAUUGCUCUUGAUGAAAGCGAUAAACAUAUUGCCAUUGAUGAAAGAGAUAAGCAGAUAGCUCUUGAGGACAAAAAUAAACAAGUUAUCAAAGACAUAGUUAAUGGUGAAGUGGAGACUGAGGAAGGGGAUUUUAAUUCCAAAUACCCACAUUUGGCUAAUUCUUUCAUCGAGAAGAACUAUUCCUGGGGUUCUCAUGAGACAUUAAAUAUGCUGAAGAAAAAACUGAAUUUGAUUGGGAGUUCCAAGGCUGAGGAGAUUGAGGAGAAGUGGACUAAGUUGUUGGAAGAACAGGCUGAACUUUGUGUGAAGAUUGAGGGUUUGUUAUCACAGCAGAUGGGGUUGGUGCUUGAGGCGAUAAGGCAAAAAAGAGGUAAUCUUUGAGUGUGGAUGGCGAUGGCUAUUUUUGUCUUUUGUAUUUUGGUUUGAAAGUAAUUUUGGGGCUUCAAAAUUUUGGCUCAGUAUACUGUCAUCCUUAGAGACUAAAAUUCUCUCUAUAUGCUCAUACACUUAGCAUCUAAAGUAUCUUGGAUUAACUUAAUGUUGGUGGUAUUAUUACGCAGGAAGCUAUUUUGUUUUUGGUUCAGUUGAUGAAAUUACAUUUUUGCCUUAAAUUGAAUGUAAGUUGCUAGCCAAUUUUGAAUUUGAUAACAUUAUAAGGAUUUGUAAAGAUGAAAUUUUUACAUGUUUCUUGUAGCUUGUUAACUGUAA